AUGACGUGGCUUCAUAUCCCCUGCAUCCGCUAUGACUCACAUUCAUCAGGAUCACCAAGAGCAUCUCACACCAAGGACACAAGUCAGGGGAAAACGAACAACCUCUACCAGGCUGCCGGCUGGGUCCCCGUGUCUCUGGGGAGCCUCAGCGUCUUCUCUGGCAUUGUUGCUUUCUUCCUGGUCUUUUCCUGCAAGUUUUGGUUCACGGGAUGGAGUGUGUGGAUUGCUUGUCCCAUCUGGAAUACAGUUUUGGGCAUCGCAACAGGAGUGCUUGUACUGUUGGCUCCCAGACAGUGGACACGGAGGUACCUGUGGGAAGCUGGCUUCACCUUUGUGAUUCUGAGCACAACAGGAUGUGCACUGUACUUCGUAAUUGCCCUGGAAUCUGCUCUCCUUGGCCCCUAUGGCUUCUCCUCCUUCUCAGGGGUCACAGGGAACAAUUACAUUGGUUAAGCAGUUGUCUUUCCUUUUCUGUAUGCAAAAUUCCCAUUGGUCUGCGUGGACCUGGCCCUCUAUGAAAAGUACCACAUGAUGCUUCAGGCCCUUGACCUGGGUCUGAGCAUUGCCUUGUUCUGCACGUCCCUGGCCGGGCUCAAAAAGCUUUCCACAAGACUGAACUGGACACGUCAAUGUCAACCUGAAAAAGGUUACGAGACUCAGGAUAAAUGUCGGGAAAUUUGGAUCAGAGCCCCACACUAUGACGUCAUUUUCUUGCAAUGCAAUGAAGCAAUGACAUUUCCUGAGGGAAAAAUGAUUAAGGAUGACAAGCAGUCGCACUUGCCCCCCAUGUUUGCAGUGGAAAGGUGUCAGGCCUGCCGAGCUCCAGCUCUGGCCUCUGCUGCUGUCCUUGACUGA